AUGAGCCGUAGCCGCCGGUCAUCGUUUGGUCACCAGCACUAUCAGCAGCAGUUUACCGUCACAUCCACUAUCAACUACGACGAUGGGCUGUGCGAUGGUACGAGCGGGCCCGGGUUGGUACCGACCGGCGGCACAACAUCUUCGCCAUCGCGCUUUAGCGAGUCAUCCUACUCGAACCUGGGAUCCCGCCUGACCGCGUACGUUGCCCAAUCACCACAUCCUCCACAGCCACCGCCACCAUCGCAGCCCACCCUUCCGCCAUCGUCCGCAUCUUCGGUGUCGUCCGUGACUGAUCGGUAUGGGGCCACCGUCGAGGAAUCACUGAGACCGUGCUGCAUCUCACCGGCCGCUCCGACCACGAACGGCAGUCAUGCCGGGAGUGGCAUGUCCAGUGACCGAUACUCGACCAGCUCUGCACCGAAUUCCAUCAUCUAUCCGGAAACGCGCAAUGGACCACAUCACCGCUCCAUGUCACCGGGAUCACGCACGAGAUAUCCCGUUCCGGAACGGUUCCGAGAUCCGCCUGCAUCGGCACCACCCCAGCAAACGACACAACCGAAGCUGGACCAGUUUGGCAACUAUCUCAUCAGCAAUGCGCCACUGAUAACGACCUCCGAAAGCUACAACUAUCUCACCUCGACUGUACAUACACCGGUCAAGCGUUACAUACCGACACCACCGCCUCCAGAGAACUUCCAGCAUGAACCGACGGCGGGUGGCCUUGGUGCGAGCCUGAUGGCCGGGCUGAUGGCAUCCGGUGGUGGCAUCAACAUCAUCAACCACCCGCAAGGUAGCAAUGGGACGGGAUCACUUCUCAAGUCGCUACCCUACCGUCUCAAGGUACCGAAAGCGGACGGUUCCGGGCUUGGGGAAGACACGACGGAUCACUACGCUACGCCACCAAGGGCACGACCGGUCGGAGGCAAAUGUCAGCAGCCGAUCUGUACAUUCACGCAGCAACCCCCGGGAGGUGGUACGCUGGGCCGUCCGACACUGCAGCCCGAAUAUUCGAUGUUGCGGGCAGCCACACCGGUAAGCAUCAUGAGCGAACCGAUGGUGAUCGGUCACCAACCGUCGUCGGACGAGGAGCAGUGCUACCAGUGCAACAGUCUCCGACAAGCGACCGGUGUACAUCAAACGACACAAACCUCCGGUCCGAUCAGUCCGCAACCGCUCUCGAUCUCGUCCGUGUCGAUGUCCGACAUGGAGCGCCAAUCGCCCCUCAGCCCACCGUCACUCGUUUCGCAUGCAUCGUACGCACAUCACCAUCACCAUCAUCACCACCAUCAUCACCAGCAGCAGCAACAGCAGCAUUAUACGCUCGCAACACCGGGCGAUGAUGGCAGAAACGCACAGCAGUCGCUUAUUAUCGCGCAAUCACACGCACUGAACAGCGCGUGUAGCAACCCAUCGAUCAUUAUUCAGUACCAACAUCAGCAGCACAUUCAGGCCCAUCAGCAGAUACAGCAGCAGCCGCUUUAUCAGCAGCUUCAGCAGCUACAGCAGCAACAUGCUCAGCAGCAGCAGCAACAACAACAGCAUCAUCACCAGCAACAGCUGCAGCUGCAACACCAGCAAGCACAUCAACAAGCUCAACAACAAGCGCAACAGGUUCAGGUUCAGCAGCAGCAGCAGCAGCAACAACAGCUACAGCACAUGCAUCUUCCCCGGCUUCAACCCGAUUCCACACCUUCCACUCUGCAGCGGAACGUACAGGCGAUACGCCAACAACGUUUAACGCACAAGCAACGCAUCAAGGAGUAUCUCCGUCGGAGCACAUCACAGUUCUUCGGUGUCGAUCAACUGCACGAAGAUUACGAGCAGCAAAAGUGGGAAGAUCGCCAGAAGCGUUUCGCGAUCCGGCGGUUCGGUUCGCUCAAAGACGAACUUCCGGCAAAUGCGCGGCCCAACGAACCGAGCGCGGAUGUGAUGAACGAUCAUCUCACGCACAGUGACCGGCCGGACAUCCUGCCCGCCCAAAGCCAGGAUGAGCCGGAAACGGAGCAGAAUCGCCGCCAGCGCUUCAACCCGUACUACCGACACGAGGGCAGUGAAGAGUUCCUGGUCGAACGGAAACCGUCCGUUUCGCGCAUGAUGCUGAACGGGAUCGUGUUCGUGGUGCAGAGCCUCCGUAACAGAAUUCCCCGCAGGCAGAAGCAGUGGUCGCGCAGCUUCGCGCCGGCACAUGUGGCGCUGAACAACGACGAUAACGAUAUCUACGAUGGGCUAACGCCGGUGCAGGAAGAUGAGAUGUUUUUCGACAUCCCGGGCGGUGGCGCUCAGAACGGGAAUGGUGCGGGAGGUCCUGCCGGACAGGAGCAGGAGCUCGGUGCAGCGGUACAGGACAAUUCGCAUCAGAUCUACAUGCUCGAGACGGACCGUGCGCUGGUGAGCAAUGGGUGGCGGACGCGUACGGCUGAAGAGCAACUUCAUCUGCAGGAUCCCGCCGCACGAGCGGGCCGCAACAAUGCAAUGUUCCAGUUUUUCUACGGCCAGCGUAUACCGGGUUCGAUACUGGAGAGCGUGCUGGACAACUCGAGACGUCCAUCGCGCCAUUGCAUUAAACUGCUGCGCCCAAACGCGCUAGACGAUCGGUAUGACUAUCGACCGUUCUUCACGUACUGGAUCAACACGACGCAAAUUCUGGUGCUGCUGUUGACACUGCUGUGUUACGGCGUUGGUCCGAUCGGGAUCGGCUUUGAGCAGAAGAGCAGCCAGGUGUUGGUGACUAGCUUGAGCUUGCAAACGGUACAACACUACGAGCCACGAAACAUUUGGAUCGGACCGCGAAGAGAUGACCUGGUGCACCUGGGCUCCAAGUAUGCGCCCUGUAUGCGCCGGGAUGGCAAAAUAAUGGAUCUCAUAUCGAAGACGAGAAAGCAGGAACGCGAAACGGCCUGCUGCAUACGAAACGAUGAUUCCGGCUGUGUGCAGAGCUCACAGGCCGACUGUUCCGUGCGUGGACUAUGGCCUACGACCAUCUCAACGUGGAAGAAAUGGUCCCCGGGUGACUCUGGACCGGGCGGACGCAUCUCGGGCAGCGUCUGCGGGCUCGAUCCGAAGUACUGCGAUGCGCCGGCCUCGAUCGCACCGCACGAAUGGCCGGACGACAUCACCAAGUGGCCUAUCUGUCGGAAAAACAAUCAGUUUACGCAACGCUUCCGCUUUAAGGAUCACACUGCCGAGCACAUGGUCUGCGAGGUGAUUGGCCAUCCGUGCUGUAUGGGAAUAUCGGGCGAGUGUCGCAUUACGACGCGCGAGUACUGCGACUUUGUGCGCGGUUACUUUCACGAUGAAGCAUCGCUGUGUUCACAGGUUUCGUGCUUGAACGAUGUGUGCGGCAUGUUUCCGUUCAUCGUGACCGAUCUUCCCGAUCAGUUCUACCGGCUGUUCACGUCACUCUACAUACACGCUGGCAUCGUUCAUCUCAUAAUCACUGUUGCCUUUCAACACAUACUCCUCGCGGAUCUGGAGCGUCUGUUGGGAUCACUGCGAACGGCGAUAGUUUACAUCGGUUCGGGUAUCGUUGGCAACCUGACCAGUGCCAUCUUCGUGCCCUACAAGGCAGAGGUUGGUCCUUUACCAUCUUUAGCGGGCACACUAUCCUCGCUGCUGGUGCUACUUAUUCUGUGUCACUGGCGAAAUUUGAAGAAACCACAGUACGCGAUGCUGAAGAUGCUCUUUCUGGGCUGUUUACUGUUCGGUAUGGGUACCUUACCAUGGCAGCAGAACUUUACCGGCUUGAUAUCGGGCCUGUUGUUCGGUAUCACCUUCACCCUAGCUCUCACCCCAUACCUCAGCUUCACCAAGUACAGUAGGAAAGGCAAGAUCAAGCUAGUGUGGACCUGCUUCGUGCUACACUUCGUGCUGUAUGCGCUCAUCUUUCUGGUGUUCUACCUGUUUCCGACCAUAUUCUCGCUCAACUUUCUCGAGGGCAAUCAAAUCUCGAGCAUCAAUGACAACAAUGGCAUGCACGAUCACUUCAACCCCUACGACACGUUCAACUACUUUAAUGGUAAGAACACCGACGGCGGUUCCUCGCACGGUGGAAUGUUGCCCGGCGAGGGCGGCCGAAAUGGGGGCGAUGUCGGUGGUGGCGGUGGUAGGAUCAAGGAUUACGACCGUGGCGGUGGAGGCAGCAACCGGUACGGUGGUAAUGGUGGUGGCGGCGGUGGUGCUAUUAGCAUGUCGGGCGGCACGAUAAAAGCCAUUAAUCCCAAAUACAAUAAUAUAAAUAGUAACGGUAAUCUGAACGCAAAAUCCAAUAUGCAUAGUUAUAAGAUGGUAGCUAUAUGUGAAAAGGGCCAGUGCAAUCCGCGUCCGAACGCAUGACGUCGAUGUGUUUUACUCUCGGUUACGACUACAUCAAUACAAUUGAUUUCUAUUUUAUUCAUCCUUAUCAGAAUUAUUGUACCGUUACACGAUAACGCAUAUAUACCGAUAUACUCCAUAUACCACGUGAAGCAGUGAACAGCCGGAUGCAGGAAAAUCUGGC